UGGUUUUGGGGACCCCAAGCGCCCCCAAACCUCCCGGUGAGAGCCUGCUGAGCGAGUCGAGUCACCUGACCUUAGGGUUGCCCUGGGCUGGAGGCCAUUCACCCCAACCGGCCCCCGGGAUAGACGCAAUAUUAACUGAUCCCUGAAGCAGCCCUAAAUCCGGCGCUGGGGAGGACACUACCGCAGAUCUGCCAAGGGCUCGCGUGCCACGAGUAGACAGGCAGUGAGCUUUUGGGUGACCAAAGCCACAUAAUGUCUACAGUUCGUUCAUCCGUCCAUGCCAAAUGGAUUGUGGGGAAGGUGAUUGGGACAGCAAUGCAAAAAACUGCUAAAGUGAGAGUGACCAGGCUUGUUCUGGAUCCCUAUUUAUUGAAGUAUUUUAAUAAGCGGAAAACCUACUUUGCUCAUGACGCUCUUCAGCAGUGCACAAUUGGGGAUAUCGUGCUUCUCAAAGCUUUACCUGUUCCACGAACGAAGCAUGUGAAACAUGAACUGGCUGAGAUCAUUUUCAAAGUUGGAAGAGUCAUAGAUCCAGUGACAGGAAAACCCUGUGCAGGAACUACCUACCUGGAGAGUCCAGUCAGUUUGGAAACAAACCACCUAGCCAAAAAUCUAGAAGAACUCAAAAUCUCUUCCUCACAGUGAAGGAGGAUUAUAAGAAGAAACCAAAGGGAAAAAUUUACAUGUUUACUUUAUGGAAAAAGAAAUUUUUCUAAGUUUCAUCACAAA